CCAUCUGCUUUUUUACGAACACUCACCUGCUCUUUCUCCCGUUCACACAGUCAAAAAAUGGGAGACAAAAAAAGAUAUCAUUAUUAUAUUAUAGUUACUGCGUUUUCAUGAAAAAGAGAGCAAAAGCUUUCAAUUGAAUAAUAAUAGUAAUAAUAAUUAUAUAAUCAACCAAAAAAAUCAAACAAUAAAAAUUGCAGAGAAAAAAAAAGACCCAAGCGGUUCCUCCGUUUGGUGAUGGUUAAUGCUUUUAUCCGCGUUACCGAUAGGGAGAAGAAGAAGAAGCAAAAGGGAAGGCAAAAUUCAAAUCGAGAUUUCAGCUUGGACUUAACCGUCGUUUUCCCGUACAUCGCCAUUUUCAUGCUAUUUUUCUCAACCGGCGACGGCAUUGAAGGUUUACGGAAAUGGAUCUUAUUCGCGGAAGCUAGCGGCGGCGGCGGCGGCGGCGGCGGCUUCUGGUCUUAUUACUCUGUGGUUUCGCCUUCUGGCAUAGCCAUCGCCGUCACUGCCAUGGCCGGAAUCGCUCUCGCUGCUACCAUCGUUUAUUCUCGAAGGGGUAGCCUGAAAUCACCCUGGGCCCUUAGAAAAAGAAAAUAUGCCCUUCAACCUAAACAAUGGAAAAGUUUAUUCACACCGGAUGGGAAACUCGAUGAUGGUGGUGUCAAGUUUCUGAAGAAAGUUCGAAGUGGAGGUGUUGAUCCAAGUAUUAGAGCAGAGGUAUGGCCAUACCUCCUUGGAGUAUAUGACCUCAACAGUUCAAAGGACGAAAGAGACUCCAUUAGAAGACAGAAAAGAAAAGAGUUUGAAAGAUUGCGGAAACGGUGCCGCCAAAUUCUUAAACGUAUUGAGAAUAGCUCUACGGUUAAGGAAACUGCUGGAAACGACUGCAAUGAAGACAGUGAGGAUUUAAGUCAAGUUGUUGAUUCUUCAGGCUUAGAGGAUGUGGUUAGUGGUCGAACGUCAACUGAGGGAGAAAGUCCCAUGGUUGAUGAUUCUGAGAAUAGCUCUAAGGUUAAGGAAACUGCUGGAAACAACUGCAAUGAAGACAGUGAGGAUUUAAGUCAAGUUGUUGAUUCUUCAGGCUUAGAGGAUGUGGUUAGUGGUAGAAGGUCAACUGUGGGAGAAAGUCCCAUGGUUGAUGAUUCUGAGAAUAGCUCUAAGGUUAAGGAAACUGCUGGAAACAACUGCAAUGAAGACAGUGAGGAUUUAAGUCAAGUUGUUGAUUCUUCAGGCUUAGAGGAUGUGAUUAGUGAUAGAAGGUCAACUGAGGGAGAAAGUCCCAUGGUUGAUUAUUCUGAUCGCCCUCCGCGUGACCAAAGUCAUCAGACCCUUGUAUCUUCUGACUCAGAUUCGGAGGGAGAUAUUGAUAAGAGUGAAAUUAAUUGUGAAGACGAUUCUCCUGGUGAGACAGAAUCCUCUGAUUCCAAUACCUCUGAUGAAGAUGAAAAUAUACCCCUCUUUGCCUCAGAAAUAACAGAGGAAAAUAAUAUUGAUAAAGAUGAUAAUUCCUCUGCCUUCCGUAUAAAAAAAAGGUCAAAAUCCUAUGCGGAUGAAGAUUUUGCCACAUGGCAGAGAAUCAUCCGUGUUGAUGCUGUGAGGGCAAAUGAUGAAUGGAUUGCUUACUCUUCAACUCAGGCUUCGGUAUCUGAAAUGAAAGCAUACCAGUUAGCUGAGAGUGUUGGCUUGAAGGAAUAUGAUCACCUAGAGCCCUGCAGGAUUUAUCAUGCUGCUCGUCUUGUUGCUAUACUUGAGGCCUAUACCCUUUAUGAUCCCGAGAUAGGUUAUUGCCAAGGAAUGAGCGAUCUGCUCUCUCCCAUCAUUUCAGUGGUAGAGGAUGAUUCUGAAGCCUUCUGGUGCUUUGCAGGUUUCAUGAAAAAGGCUCGUCACAAUUUCCGGCUUGAUGAAGUGGGCAUUAGAAGACAGUUAAACAUCGUGUCCAAGAUUAUCAAGUGUAAGGAUAGUCAUUUAUACAGGCACCUGGAGGAGCUUCAAGCUGAAGAUUGCUUCUUUGUGUAUAGAAUGGUUGUAGUUCUUUUCAGGAGGGAGUUAAGCUUCGAGCAGACUCUUUGCCUCUGGGAAGUGGUCUGGGCAGACCAGGCAGCAAUUCGUGCUGGUAUUACAAAGACCAGUUGGGGGAGGAUGAGACUUAGAGCUCCACCUACUGAUGAUCUUUUGCUUUAUGCAAUUGCAGCUUGUGUUUUGCAAAGGAGGAAGCUAAUCAUAGAGAUGUAUAGCAGCAUGGAUGAGAUAAUGAGAGAAUGCCAUAGUAUGGCUGGACGACUGGAUGUCUGGAAGCUUCUCGAUGAUGCCCAUGGCUUGGUGGUCAACCUGCAUGACAAGAUUUAGUAUUAUGCUCUGCCUUUUCCUUCUCAUGUCAAUCAAUUUCCUUCACUAAUUCUUUUUCAAAUUUUCCUCGACUCUCACAAUAUUUAGGGACCCGAGGUACUUUACAUUUCUGCUUGAAACAAGCGACUGAUAUAGCCAAACUCCAUGUAACAAGUAAGUUAUGAGAUUAUAUUUACUAUAUGAUGUAUUGCCCAUGCUCGAGCUUCAUCGUAGAGUGACGGUGGCAACGCUGAAAAAUCAGCAGUUUAGAAUGUUUAAGUUUGCUUUGCAAUUAUGGAAUUACAGAACCUUGCACCUUUA